AGGAUCCUCACAUGAGAUGUAUGCUGUGAUUGCCUAUGGAUGUGCAAGCUGUCCAAAGAUCACCUGUGGGAGAGAUGGCUGUGGCACAGAGUUUUGCUAUCACUGCAAACAGCUCUGGCACCCAAAUCAGACCUGUGACAAUGCUCGUCAACAGAGGGCACAAAGUCUUCGGAUUCGUACAAAACAAACGUCAGGCCUGAGCUAUGGCCAGGAACCAGGCAAUGAUGAUAUCAAGCCAUGCCCGCGAUGUGGGGCUUACAUCAUUAAAAUGAACGAUGGAAGCUGUAAUCACAUGACAUGUGCUGUUUGUGGCUGUGAGUUCUGCUGGCUUUGCAUGAAGGAGAUUUCUGACCUCCAUUAUCUUAGCCCCUCUGGCUGUACCUUCUGGGGGAAGAAGCCAUGGAGCAAGAAGAAGAAAAUUCUCUGGCAGCUUGGCACGUUGAUCGGUGCUCCAGUAGGCAUUUCUCUCAUCGCUGGAAUUGCCGUGCCAGCCAUGAUUAUUGGCAUCCCGGUUUAUGUUGGUCGGAAGAUUCACAGUCGCUACAAAGGAAAGAAGACUUCAAAGCACAAAAGGAAUCUGGCAAUUACUGGUGCAGUUACCCUAUCUGUUAUUGCUUCUCCUGUGAUAGCAGCAGUCAGUGUAGGAAUUGGAGUUCCCAUCAUGUUGGCUUAUGUUUAUGGCGUGGUCCCAGUGUCACUUUGCCGUGGUGGUGGAUGUGGAGUCAGUACAGCCAAUGGAAAAGGAGUGAAGAUUGAAUUUGAUGAAGAUGAUGGACCAAUUACAGAGAACUUGAUUUUGAUUACAAACCCAAGUAUGAUGUUUUUCAAUACAAUUAACAGGUUGGAGAUUCAGACUGACAUUAAAAAAGGCUACAGUUUGAAUAAAGAUUCCAUCAGCCUUGGAGCAACCAGUGAUAAUGCCAGCACUAGGGCCAUGGCAGGUUCAAUCAUCAGCUCGUACAACCCACAUGACAGGGAGUGCAAUAAUCUAGAAGUGCAAGUUGACAUUGAAACCAAACCCAGCCACCUUUGUUUAACUAGUGGUAGCAGCAUUGAUGAAUCACUUCAUAUCCACACUCAGUCAGUGGAGGGACUCUGCUGUGAAGAGAAGGCCAACUCUUACAAUAGUGACCACAGAGACUGUGUCACAAGUAAAACCUGCGAUGUAACUCUUGCUCAACCAGAGAGCAUAAAAAGUGAUGAAGAUAGCACAGACACUCAGUCAGAUGAUGUACCCGACAUUAGUUAUGAUGAAUGUGAUUCACCCAGUCCGAUGAAUGGCAGCCAGUUGGAGAUUGCUACUUCAGAUGUCAAACUCUUAAAUGACGAGAGCGUGGACGGUUAUGUUGAUGAACAAAGGGAAUACAUUUUUGACAAAGAUGGGCAGCCAACGGUGACUGUAUACUAUGUUUAAACAUACAACCCUCACAUAAUUCAUCAACACAAAACAUGCACCUUAUUUUUCAGCCUAUGGAAUUAUAUUGUAUUUGAUGUCUCAAUAGAAUGUGCUUAAAUGUACAAGAAUUCAUUGCACAAUCACAUUUUUGACAUAGUAAAUGAAGAUAUUAAUUGAUUACUUUUUGUGAAACCUGUUAGCACUUCCACUGUUACUUUUGCAUGAAUUUAAGCAGCACCGUUUUUUUUUCUCAGAAUUUUUCCCAGCAAAAAAAAGUCUCAGUCUUACAGGGAUGACAGACAUUUCAAAAUUGUUCUUGAUCAUCCCAAAUGUGAAGUUUUUGCUAGAUGCCGGCUGAUGUGGAGCCCUGCCCUUUCUGACUUGUAAAACACGCAUUCUAAACAAAUCAUUUUUGCAAGAAGGAUAAAUAUACCAGUCACCACAUUUAGGAUCUGUGUGGGUUCUGACAUGCAGGAUGCCAUGUCUCAAUGUAGUUGCAUACCAAAUGAGUACAUUGAAAGGUAGAAUAAUGAAACUAGUCUUUUAAUUUGGAUUUUCAAUUGUCACUUCAAGCUUAGAACAUACAUCUAAACAGAUGGAGUUGUCACUACAAAGUCAGUUGUACUGGUGUCAACUCCACACACCCAGGCAGCUGUAGAUUUUAGUUUUUUUUGAGGGGAACAAAACAGGAAUAUCUGUCUCUGAGAAACUGGAACAAAUGGAAGUCUCAUUGUGACUUGGUUUGAUCCAUGUCACCAUGUAUUUUAGGAUGGUUUAUUAAUACCUCCAGUUUGCAUGGAUUUCCAAAAUCCAUCCAUUAACCAAAAUCCAUCCAUUAAAAGUCUUUAUUCUGUUUGGGUGAUUUAAAACAAGAAAUCCUAUUUCAAUUGGAUAUGUUUUGACAGUCCCAACAAUGUCUCAGUGCCUGAAAUGCCUUUUAACAACCUGGAAUGUACUUGUGACAUUUUUGCACUAUAGUUUUCCAGGGACCACUCUACUGCUAGUGAGAUAGUGUAAGAGCCUAAUGUAUAUACUUUAGUGGCUAUCACAAUUCAAAAUAUUCCAAUUUAGCUAUCUGGGCAUUGAUUGUCACACUACAAUAACAAUUUGACACUGAUCAGGGCACUUUAAUGUCUCAAAUCAGCCUAUUCUAUUUUAAAUAUGGUUUCUGUUUGCAUAUAUCUCAUGGUGAAUGUAACAAGGUUAAAAUGAAAUGGACAAAAUCUAUCAAAUCCUUAACUUAUAAUGUUUUGAACCAAACUAAACUGUAAUUGUGUUUUCUGAUUUAUUAAAUGCUACUGUGGAUAUUACAUUGCUUUAAAUACAGUCUCCUUUUAAAACCAAGAGAGAACUCUGUUCUGAUGAAGUAGGCAGCAGCAGUGCUUGCUGGACUAAUUAACUAUUCCAAUUUUUUUUAUUUCAGCUGGGAAGCAAUAGUCAUAUUGCAAUUGCUCUUAGCACCCCAAGCUAACUCAAAUCAGGCAGAGUUCCCUCUUCUGAAUGUUAUUAAUUGACUCCUGCUAGAAAGUUUACAUGUGUAGUUCUCAAAUGAGAACAGGAUGGGACAUGGCUGUGAAGGCCUGUCUAGCUGACAGCUUGUUGAGUGCUCACAUUCAUGUGUCGAGGUUCACACCAGGAGCAACUUGACUGGGUUUGGUGUCUGUAGAGCCACACUCCGGCAAGUCUGUGCCUCCAAGACAGGAGGGGGAGUAAUAUUGCAAAGUACCUUUUUAAAUGAAGUUUUAUUUAAUUAUUUACAAAAUGUCACUCCCUGAAAAACAUGCAAAGCUACAGGUUCUUCAACUCCCUGAUCCUACCACAGUGCCACAAAGCACACAAUAACAGUGCAAGCAAGAAUCUGUGAUCAGAGCAGUUCCUUUGUUAUUUUAAAACUACUACUUUGUUAUUGCUUUAUGUAAAUACAAAAUAAAGGAAAAUUGUCUCUGACAUUAA